ACAAACCAAUUCUUAUAUAAUAUCAUCAGGUAGUGUUCUGUCUUUCUGCUAAAAAAACACCAGUCCCCAGUUCCAAAACCCCACUCUUCAUUACCGCCAUCCAUGCCAACGGCUAGUUUCCUCUCUGUAGCCACUCUGCUACUAUGUACCACCACCGUCCUCCUCGCCGUUGUCGAAAACGCAACCGAAAUCGAUUCGUUACUAAUCUUCAAAAUGAACCUUAAUGAUCCCCUUGGCGCAUUGGCCGGCUGGAACUCCUCAACUCCACUCGCUCCAUGCGACUGGCGAGGCAUCCAAUGCGCCCAAGGCCGAGUUCGCGAACUCGACCUGCCUCGCCUUCGCCUAGCUGGACCACUUCCUGAUCAGCUAGCUAACUUGCGCCAGCUGCGCAAGUUAAACCUUCACGACAACUUAUUCAACUCAUUGCUACCGCUCUCAUUAUCAACACUCUCGCUUCUUAGAGUAGUGUACCUGCAUAAUAACGCGUUAACCGGGGAAUUAACGGCGAUCAAUCGGCUUACGAGUCUUCAGGUGUUGAAUGUUGCUAACAAUCAACUUACUGGAACAGUCCCUGGUGACUUACCAGCACAGCUUCUGUACUUAGACCUCUCGAGAAAUCAAUUCUCUGGUGCUAUUCCAUCCAAUUUUACCUCCUCAUCGAAGCUAGGGUUUAUAAAUUUGUCGUUCAAUCAAUUCUCCGGUGCUAUUCCAGCGAGUAUUGGCUACUUAACAGAGCUAAAAUAUUUAUAUCUGGACUCGAAUAGGCUCCGCGGUGCUAUUCCGUCUGCAAUUUCUAAUUGUUCGUCACUGGUACAUUUCAGCGCCGGAGAUAAUUUGCUCCGAGGACUUAUUCCAGCUAGUCUGGGAUUACUUUCGACACUUCAAGUGAUAUCGGUUACGAGUAAUCAGCUCUCAGGUAUCGUGCCUGCAUCUUUGUUAUGUAAUGUUUUGGUGAAUAGUUCAUCGAUUAGAAUAUUGCAGUUAGGAUUUAAUGAGUUCACGGGAGUGUCUCAGCCGUCGAAUGAGCCCUGUUUUAGUAAUUUACAGGUUUUAGAUCUUCACGGGAAUAAUAUUGGUGGUGUAUUUCCGUAUUGGUUUGCAAAUUUAAGUACACUUAAGGUGUUGGAUGUGUCGGGGAAUUUUCUUUUUGGUGGUUUGUUUGAUGAGAUUGGGAAGUUGUCGAGUUUGGAGGAGUUUAGAGUCGCGAAUAAUUCAUUCAGUGGUGAAAUUCCGAAUGGUAUUGGAGAAUGUAGGUUGUUGAGAGUUCUUGAUCUGGAAGGGAAUAGUUUUUCAGGUUUGAUUCCUGAUUUUCUAGGGGACAUGAAGAGGUUAACAACGCUUUCUCUGGGUAGGAAUAUGUUUACUGGUUUGGUUCCGCGGAGUUUAGCAAGUCUUGAGGAGCUUGAAAUUUUGAAUUUGAGUGACAACAAAUUAAGUGGAAAGUUCCCGGAAGAAGUUUUUUCAUUUAGAAACUUGACUACCUUGAGUUUGAGUAAUAAUGAUUUUUCGGGUGAAGUUCCGGCUGGUUUCGGGGAUCUUGAAGGUCUAAUGGUUUUGAAUAUGAGUGGUUGUGGGUUCUCGGGCCAAGUUCCAGCUAGUAUUGGAAGUUUGGUUAAUCUGAAAACGCUUGAUUUGAGUAAGCAGAAGUUAUCUGGGAAAUUGCCAUUUGAGCUAUUUGGGUUGCCAAGCUUACAAGUUGUGUCUUUGGAGGAGAACAUGUUAUCUGGAGAUGUUCCUGAAGGUUUUAGCAGUUUGUCGAGUUUGCAGUUUCUGAAUUUAUCAUCUAAUGAGUUUACAGGACGGAUUCCUGCAGAGUAUGGCUUUCUACGUUCCCUGACCGUUCUAUCGUUGUCUGGAAAUCAUAUCAGUGACUUGAUACCAAUUGAGUUGGGUAAAUGUUCCGGUCUUGAAGCAUUAGAGCUUCGCGGGAACAGUUUGACAGGCCAUAUUCCAGAUGAAAUUUCCAGGUUAUCUCAUUUGAGGGGUCUUGAUUUGGGUCAAAACAGGCUGACUGGUGAAAUCCCAGAAAGGAUAUCUGAUUGUGUAUACCUUAGUUCUUUGUUAUUGGAUGAUAAUAACAUUUCUGGUCAGAUACCAGACUCCUUGUCGAGGUUAUCAAACCUUACAGAGCUGAAUCUUUCCUCAAAUAAUCUUACUGGAGACAUUCCUGAAGAUCUUUCGCUCAUCCCUGGUUUGAAAUACUUAAAUCUAUCCAAUAACAAUCUUGAAGGUGAGAUUCCCCGGGGUUUGAGUUCAAAGUUUAACGAUUCUUCUGUGUAUGGAAAGAACAAAAGAUUAUGUGGUAAGCCAUUGCACAAAAAGUGCAAGAAAGCGAGCAGGAAAAAGAGGAAGAAGUUGAUUAUAUUGAUCAUUGUGAUUGCAGUAGGGGCGCUUAUUCUAGCAUUAUGUUGCUGUGGGUAUAUAAUUGGUCUUUGGCGGUGGCGCAAGAAGUUGAGAGCAGCCCUAACUGGCGAGAAGAAGAAGAGCCCUGCACGUGGAAGCUCGGGAACUGAAGGGGGGCGUGGCAGUGGAGACAAUGGAGUUCCUAAAUUGACUAUGUUCAAUACCAGAAUAACUUAUGCAGAAACAGUUGAAGCGACUAGGCAAUUCGACGAGGAAAAUGUAUUAAGCAGAGGAAAGUAUGGACUCGUUUAUAAAGCCACAUUCAUUGAUGGAACGGUUCUUGCCAUUCGUCGCCUUCCAGAUACAUCUCUAGAUGAGGGUACAUUCCGCAAAGAAGCUGAAAAUCUGGGCAAGGUGAAGCAUCGAAACUUGACAGUUUUACGCGGAUAUUACAUCGAUGCACCCGAUUCUCGCCUUCUUGUGUAUGACUACAUGCCAAACGGCAACUUAUCGACUCUCCUCCAAGAGGCAUCUCAUCAAGAUGGCCAUGUACUCAACUGGCCAAUGCGCCACCUGAUUGCACUUGGCAUCGCCCGAGGUCUAGCAUUCCUGCAUUCCAGUGCAAUGGUUCACGGAGACAUCAAGCCGCAAAACGUGCUGUUUGAUGCAGACUUCGAAGCUCAUCUUUCAGAUUAUGGGCUAGACAAACUAACCCUGCCACCACCAACCACAGGAGCUUCCUCAUCUUCCACUCCAGUCGGAACACUAGGUUACGUAUCACCCGAAGCAACACUAACUCGUCAAGCAAGUAAAGAAUCUGAUGUUUACAGUUUCGGGAUUGUGCUGUUAGAGAUAUUAACAGGAAGGAAACCUGUAAUGUUCACAGAGGACGAGAACAUUGUGAAAUGGGUGAAAAAUCAGCUGCAAAGAGGCCAGAUCUCUGAACUGUUGGAACCAGGACUACUCGAGCUCGAUCCUGAAUCAUCCGAAUGGGAAGAGUUCAUGCUGGGACUAAAAGUCGGGCUGCUCUGCACAACUGCAGAUCCUCAUGAAAGACCAUUAAUGACAGACGUCGUAUUCAUGCUUGAAGGCUGUCGCAUUGGACCGGACGUUCCAUCACCGGCCGAUCCAACAUCCAAUUCCCCUCUUUGAUAAUUCUAAUUCAAAAUUGUAGCGAUGUUUUAAUCAAAAUUCUAUGCCAUUCAUUCAUUCAUCUCUUCCACGAUAGUAUAAUCUCGUACCUGCUUUUCUAAAA